AUGAAUGUUAAUUUUCCUGUUAUUAUUUCCAUUGUUUUUAAGAGAACCAGUGAAUCAAAAUUCCAUUGUGAUUUCCUCCUCCUUAUCAGAGUCCCCAGUGUCAAAGCACUCUAUGGAGACUUCAAGAAGCCAGCCUUGCUAUUGCCUCAGGGAAAACCUGGCCAUCAGUCCCUCAAACCUGAAGAAGUGAAGAAGGAAAAGCCCACGGCACUGCUGGACCCCCUUCUCAGGGACCCAUGGGGGGGUCAGCCAUGUUCCCUGACCCACAGGCCCCUGCAGCCUAUGGACCCUGAAAAGCAACACCUAUCUAUGACAUCUGUAGCCCAAAGUGAUGAGUUGUUGCCUUUUCAGGAGCAUGUUCUUAGCUUUGGAAGUGGCAACCUCUUUAUUCUGCAAGGACCAGAGGAAGACAGAGAUAGAUCCAAGUGAGUAGUAAGGCAAUUGAAGAAACUGGUGAAGCAGUAACAAAGGAUGUUCUCUCUCUGCAGGGUAAAAUUAAAUUCAACCAAAAAACAAUUGAGGGUUGAAGCCAUUGGCUCAAAAAAGAGAAAGGAGGCAAUGAUGUGUUCACUGGAAGCUUGUUGGAUCUUACAUACUCAGAGAUUUCCAAGUCAGGAGGCAGAUUCUUGGAGAAAGAAAGCCAGAGACUCAGAAAAAGAUUUUUAUGGUAAUGAUGAUGACAGUUUCCUUGAUUCGACUGAUCUGGUUGAGAAGAACCUUGAAGCAAAUGAAGAAGGCUGAAACAUUGACAAAAAGCCAGAGAACUUUUAAUCAUUGGUUGCCCAGUUAAUAGCAAAAGGGAGCUCAGAAAUCUCUGAGAGGUUAAAAGUCAAAGCUCUAUCAGAGUCACCAUCUCCAGAUGUUUUAGAUGCUUGCACAUCAGAAACAAAAUCAAAGAGUGUGUUAGAUGGCAUGUCAAUGGAAGACUACUUGAGAACUUGGAAAUGAGGAAACAAAGACAGAUUUAAAGGGUUGAUAAAAUCUGUAAAGCCCAGAGAGAUACCAGAACUAAAAAAGACUGGAAAUCACUUUUGAAAUGUAGGAAGAAAAAAAAAAAAAAAGGCUGAAAAGCUUACAUUGAUUCUCUUUGGUGCCAUGAAAAAAGAAAACAAAUCCAAAUUAAAAACUGGAACAGUAGGGAAAUUAUCCCUCUGCCCCAAACACCCAGAACUCAUUCUGACUUUGAAAUUGAAAGAUGAGCCUAAUGUGGAGGAAGAGGAGUCUGUGUGGAACAGAAUAUUUGUCAAUAAGAUUAGCAAAAUAACUUCAUCAUUCAAGGAACCCCGAGCAUCAAAGAAUGAAAUUGAGAAAAACAGAGAGUUGAAGAAAAAAAAGGCUACCAAUCCAAGAGAACAUCCACCAAAACUUUCCUCCAAAUAUCCAGAAGAUGGCCCAGACGUCUGUAGACGGGUCCCAAAUGAAACCCAAAGUGAUGGUGGCCAGAUCUAUUUCAUGACAAUGUUGGCCUUUGAUUGUUUCAGGGUUGCAAAGACUUUGUGGACCAAGUGGCAUGGGAAAUGUGGGCUCCUAUACCACAAUGAACUCCAAAGUAGGAGUUCAGACGAUUGCUUGUUAAAUGUGACAAGGACCACAAAAGCAAAUAAUCAAAUGGGGCUACAUCAAACUAAAAAGUUUUUAGACAGUGAAGGAAGUCAUCGACAAAAUGGAAAGGCAACCUACCGAAUGGGAGAAAUAUUUUCACGAAGAUAUGAAACAUCUGGAAGCACGUUUGUACCUGAAUUUAGCUUCACUGAACAUCACUGUCCCACCUUCUCUCAGACUGUCCCCCCUUCUCUCAGACUGCCCCUCUCCCAGGAGUGCAGCCCUCAGAUUAAUGGGCAGGUUGAGAACCAGAUGUCUGUCGUCAGCGCUGAAAACCCAAUUAAAAGGGAGGUCGCGGAGGUGAAGGAAGGAGAAAGGGUCAACGAGAGCUCGUCUGAGCAGGGCGUGGGCUGCUGGAAAUCAGAGGUUUUGUGCUACCCUGGCAGAUCUGUUAAGAAAACUAAUCCAUAG